AUGCCUCUUUCGGAAGAAAAUAAUUGGGAAAAACUAUUUCCAAAUCUGCCGGCAUAUAAAAAAUAUAAGGAGUUGGACAAUGUGGACAUUAAAGAUUAUAAUCAUGAAAAAUGUGAUAAAUUAGCAAAGAGUGAUGACGGGGAUAAAAUACUUUGUAAACAGAUAUUAAAAAACUUAUCAAUAUUAAAAGAUAAAAAGGGUGAAGAACAAGCACGUGGAUGUUAUUACUUUCAAAACUGGCUCCACGAAAAGAUAAAUGAAAAAUAUUAUAAUGGAAAAAAUCAAAGCAGUAAAGAUUAUAUUACUAAUAAACUUUUUGAUUUUGUAGCAGAAGAUAUUUCAACAAAUGGUAUCAAUCGAGCUUGUAGUGGAAAUAGUUUUGGUAUUCCAAAAACCUGGAAAGAAGGGAAAGAUUUAUAUGAUUAUUUUGAAAAUUUUGAACACAUUGAAUGCAAGGAUUCUGCUAAAGAUGAGUGCCAAAAAUAUGUGAAAUAUGUUACGUAUAUUGAUCCUAUAUAUUAUAAUAAAACUUCUCGUUGCUGUGAUGGAGAAGAAUUAGAACCACACUGUAACUCAUCUACUAAAUGUGAAUACAAGUAUAAUACUAAGGAAUUAGUAGAUAAAUUAAAAAACAACUUCAAGUAUUAG